AUGGCCAGAGACAGACUUGCAGCAAUGAGGGUGAGGAGAACUCACUCAGUUGAAUAUGUCGACUCCUACCCCAUGCAGUCCCAGAGGACGAACCCAUAUGCGCAACAGGACGUCAGCUCCGACAGCUUUGAUUCAGUGACGAAGGAGAGCACCACGGGUCUCAAUGCUCCCGCCAUGGACAGCAUGUCCGCGUUCUACAGCGAAAUCUCUUCUAUCCAAGACGACCUGCGAACAUUCAACGACAAUGUCUCCCGCAUCUCCGACCUCCACUCACGGUCACUAGAUAAUACGGACGAUGCCGCCACGCAACGCGUCACCCAGCAGCUUGACGAGCUUGUUGCAGACACCAGCGCCCUGAGCAAUAUGCUGAAGAGGCGGAUCAAGGCAUUGGAGAAACAGGCAGGGUCAGGGAGAGAUGGUCAGAUUCGCAAGCAGCAGACGGGUUUGGUGAAGCAGAAGUUCGUGGAAGCAAUCCAAAACUACCAGAGCGUGGAGCAACAAUACCGGACGAAGUAUAAGCAACGCCUGGAACGUCAAUUCAAGAUCGUGAAACCUGAUGCGUCGCCGGAAGAGGUCAAGGCCGUCGUCAAUGAUGAUCAGGGUGGACAGAUCUUCAGCCAGGCUCUUAUGAGCUCCAACCGGUAUGGUGAAGCGCGCUCAGCAUACCGUGAAGUCCAGGAGCGGCACGAGGACAUCAAACGUAUUGAAAAGACGAUCUCUGAACUUGCUCAAUUGUUCAAUGAUAUGAGUGUCCUCGUCGAGCAACAAGAUGAGCAAAUUAAUGUUAUCGAGACAACUGCCGGAGAAGUUGAGAAGGAUACUGAGGCAGGUCUGCAAUACACGGAGAAGGCUGUCGUGUCUGCUCGUGCAGCAAGGAACAAACGAUGGAUCUGCUUUGUUAUCUUCCUCAUCAUCAUUGCUAUUGUCGCCAUUAUCAUUGCGGUGGAGGUCACGAAGAACAAGAACUAGAACAUCGUGGCCGCCUUUUUGUAUCAUACGCCUCUCAUCUGGUUCACGGACUGGACAAUCUCCUGGUAUUGCUUAUUUUUUGUUCCUCUGGGAUUACAUACAGUACACGGGCUGCACGCCGCAUGUCUCACAUACUCAGCGGCGUCUUCGCUUCUGUACUCGUUGCCUCCAUGCAGACUCGCUAUUUAGUCGUCGGUACCGCUCCCUUUAGUUGCGCCAAGCGUUGCGCCCCUGUACAGUACGGACACUUGCCCCAUGGCAGCAGCUGAUGGUGAUACCCUUCCCUCUUC